UAUCAUGAGCCGAAGUCCCUCUUUGUGGAUACAUAGAACCGAUAACUUUACUGGCAGUACAGACAUAUUUGGUGAGAAAGUUAGUAGUUUGUUGACCGAGGCUACGGCUGAGGCUGUAAACACUUCUAAAAUGUUUGCAAUCAAAAGCGUUAAUUUUGAUGCUUUUGGUACACUGGAAGGUCUAGUGCAGUGCACGCCGGACCUUUCAAAACUUGAUUGCAAUACAUGUCUUAAAGAAGCUAUCUCAGAAUUGGGAUCGUUUGCACCACAUGUGGAAGCAAGAAUGACAUCUCCGAGUUGUAAUGCCCGCUACGAACUCAGGUCCUAUCUUGAAACAGAGCCACCGGCAGCUCCACCACUUCUGUCUCCACCUCCAGCUCCACCUGCAGCUCCAACUCCACCGCCACUUCUUUCCAAAGGAAGAAAAACAACAUGGAUUGCAGUAGGCGCCACAGGAUCGGCAAUUAUAGUACUACUGCUUGGCUCUUUCCUUCUGUGGAGACGACACAACAGAGAUAAAGGUAAACUUCGCAUUAAGAAAGGAUUAACUUUCUUCAUUUUAUUAAUUGAUGGUAGAAAUUCAUUCAUAGAAACUGAUGAUAUUACAAAAGUAAAUAAGUGA